GCCAUUUUUGCUGGGAGACCCAAGUCGCUUUCUACCGCAACCAGCGAACAGGCUUCCCCACCAAUUAAUUGUUGCUCUUGAUGCGACGCGGCCAACAAAAGACACAGGCCAAGCUGCACACCGAUAGCCGAGGCUCGGGGGGUGACCAGCACCAGAAAGGAAGCCCGGCCAAUUGCAAAUUACGGAGCGCACGGCUUUGAACCACCACCACCCGCAGGUUCACCGGGGGCACAUGUUCCUGCUUCUCCGCUUGCGCUGGACUGGACGGACAGAGAUCAGAAAACGUCUGAAGAAACACCACGAUGGCCUCCAGUCUGCACUAAAAACAGCCAAAAAGUCAAUUCACACACCACCUACCACCGUUGCUGGACUGCCCUCGCCCACCUCAGCCAGCCACAGCGCGUGUUUUUGAUAACCUGGUUCAGGUCCAUCCUCAGCCCCCAACCUCCCAAUUCGACGACACUUUACUGUGGUCGCGAUACACACACACACACACACACACAUUUUGACACUUUGACAACUCUGCACAACACACCCGCGCGCAGUUUCCCACCAUGGCGCCCUCCUCCAACCGGUCAUCUGUUGUCAGCUCCGAGCCCAACGGCAACAGCAACGGCACCAACCUCAUGACCUCAAGCAUCUCCUCCCUUUCCUCGUCCAUGAACUCCCCCCGGCCCACCUCUUCCUCCUCGCACAUCACAAAGACCUACCGACAAGCCUCUACUCUCUUCCUCACGCGUCGUCUGCCAGAAGCCCUCUCCACCGUUCUCCCUCUGGUCUCCCCCGUCCCCCAAACCGAAAACGACCCCAACAGCCCCUUCGACCCAGCCCCGGCAGCGAAAGCUUCCCGGUCUUCCCGCAUCAAAGUAUGGUCCUUGUACCUGACCAUCCUCAACGCGAUCCUCGAGCUCGAUUCCGAAGAGGGUAAAGCCGCCUUUGGGACGGCCGAGUGGCGCGCCUUGUGCCACAAAGUCAAGGAUGGGGAGAUUUGGGAGGAGGUGGUAAAGAAUGGUUAUCACGGGGUAGAAGGCGAUGUUGACGCUGAUGUGGUAAUCAACUUAGCAACCCUCCUCCUAGCCCACGCCAAAACCCAAACCCACACCCAAACCCGCCUAGAAACCUACCUCUCCUCUCCCCCUUCCCCCCUUCCCACAUCGGCAGACUUCUCCCGGUCCAGCUCCCGUCCUCCCCACCUCCGCGAGCGCUCCAACAGCGUCAUCUCCCGCAAUGGAGGCAACGGCACCGACACCCCGCGGGAUUUGGCCUCCCGCCUCAAACUUUUGGAACUAUACACCCUGCACGUCCUCCCGCGCAACCAGGAGUGGGUCUACGCCAAGGAAUUCAUCUCUGUCUCCCCCGUCCUGGACGAGGAGCGUCGCGAGGCGUUCCUGCAGGCGCUUGACAGUCUGCAGGAGGAGCAAAAGGAGUUUGAGAGAAUUGAGGAGCUGAAGAGGAAGGAGAAUGAGGAGAGGAUCAAGAGGGAUAUUGAGGAGGCGAGGAGGUUGAGGGCGGAGAAUGAGGAGAGGGAAAGGAAGAGGCUUGAGGAGGAGAGGGUGAGGAGGGAGAGGGAGGAGAAGGAGAGGAAGGAGAGGAUUGCGGGGAAGAGCAAGACAAAGGGGAAGGGCGGGGUGACGGAGGGGGAUUUCGGGCUGGAUGAUGGGGGCAGUAGUACGAGUAGUGGUGGUGGUGGGGUGAAGAAGAGGAAGGGGGGGUUGGCAAAGGUGCCGCCUAGUAGUAUCAAGAAGGGGGGUGGUGCGGGGGCGAAGAUGCCGGUGGGGGGUCCUUCGGGGGGGAAGGCGAGGAGGGAUAGUGAGGGGACCAUGACGUUGGCCAGUAGGGCGACGGUGGUGUUGGGGAAUUUGAAGGGGGUGGUGGAUCAGUUUGCCAAGGCGUGGCAGAUGAACCCGUUUGCGAUGUAUAGGUUUUUGGCGUUUAUUAUUGGGUUGGUGGUUGUGUUUGGGAGGAAGAGGACGAGGGAGAGGGUGAUGAGGCUGGUGGGGGUUGCUUGGGGGAAGGUGGCUGCCACGGCGGGGAUGGGGACCAAGGUCAGCUAUAUCUGAGUGACUUGCGGGCAUGUGGCUGUAUCCCGUUAAUGGGUUGUGGGCUGUAUAUCAUGUUGUGUUGUGAUUCUUCUUUGCAUCGCGAGCUGGGGCGCUCUCUUCCGGUCUUGUUUUUACCCACUUAAUUUGUUUUCCUUGUUAUGCACGUUGUAUUUUCGCAAGACUUGUUGCAUCAUCAUGAUGGAGAUGAGAAAAGAGAAGAAUAAUAUCAGUUUCCAGUAUAAGACUAGUAUAGCGCAGAGAGAAGACAAAAAGAACAAAAGUAUUCCACUUGGGUACUC